ACACACACACGCGCGCACACGGACACUGUAUUGCAACUACUGGGCCAUACUCAUGUUAUUUUUAUCUGAAUUCCACGUUUGCGUCGGAAUAGUCUAAAUUUAGCGUAACCGAAAUGAUGAGUUAAAACAACCGAAUAACCGAAUAGUCAGUAUAGGGAAUAGAAACGCAGUGCCAUGUUUCGCAACACACGAAUAUUAGUUUAUCUUUGACAUGUUCAUAUUCAAUAGCACAAAAAAGGGGAUUCUGGAUUCUUGAAUGAAUUAGAAAAUUGAUAAGAAUUGUGCAGAAGAAAAAAUGAAUCGUCAAAAUCGAUUUUCGUCCGUUCGAAGCAAUGGUUCACUGUCAUCGCUGCGAAGUGUUAAUCGAAAAGAGAAAUGUAAAGAUUUUUGUCGCAAAACCAUUGCAUUUAUGUGUACACAAGUUGGUGUUGGUGGAUUAAUUGUGGCUUAUGCACUGGUCGGCGCUGCAAGUUUUAUCUCAAUCGAAACGGAUGCAAAACAAGCAAACAUCACAUAUGUGGACGAGGUGAAACAAAUGCGUGAUAAAUACGCAAGUGAAUUGUAUGCGUUAGCAUUGAAAAAUAAUGCAGCCGAUGUGAAUGAAACCCUCUGGCAAAAUCAAAUGAACAUUAAACUGUUGGACUAUCAAAAUUAUCUGGUGACCAUGAUAAAGAAAGGCUAUGAUGGCCGUACACUCAAACAGAUUUGGUCAUUUCCGGCGGCGCUAAUGUUUUGUCUGUCCGUAUUUUCGAUGAUUGGCUAUGGAAAUUUGACGCCACGCACCGAAUGGGGCAAAGCAACGACCAUAAUUUAUGCAACAUUCGGAAUUCCAUUAUAUAUUUUAUACUUUUUGAAUAUGGGCAAAGUGUUGGCGAAAACAUUUCGAUGGCUCUACCGCAAAUUGCACGAAUGCAGUCAAGAUCCCGAUGCAACGACACAAAAUCGCAAAAAAAUCAUUGUACCAUCGUCCGCUUGUUUGUGGGUCAUGUUUUUCUACAUUUUACUCGGCUCGGCCAUGUUUUCGUGUUUAGAGCGAUGGGACUUUAAAAAUGCCGUUUACUUUGCCGUCACGAGUUUAUGUAAAAUUGGCAUCGGUGAUUUUGUGCCUGGAACAUCGACGAAUGAAACCAUACCGUUUUUCCGAUUCACAAACACCGAUACACAGAGUGAAAAUCACACAAAACUCAUCAUCAAUUUCGUGUAUAUUCUGUUUGGCAUGGGUUUGGUCGCGAUGUGCUAUCAAUUGGCCAGGGAAGAUAUUCGGGUGAAAAUCAAAGAAAUCACCGAAGACCUUGAACUCUGUCUGGAGGAUUUGCGGCGACGACUCGCCAAAUGCUGCAACGGUUCAGCCAAAGAAUUUGAUGAUUUUCACAGUUGAUUGACGGAGUAAUUUUUUGGACAAUAAAGAUUGUUUCUAUAUUUUGUUAAUAUUAAAAAUCAGCUGCAGCAGUUCUGCAGCUUGCCGUAUAUGAUAUUGUAGGGCCAACUGCGGUGCUAGUGUGCUUGUGUUUCAAUCUACAAAGCCCCUGUUAAAAAUGUUUGCAUAAUUUUAUUGAAUAAAUGCUUUUUUUUAUUUACAUAAAAA